AUGCCUUUCACUGCUUCUGAUAUCUGCAAGAUCCUUUUCGCGAUCAUUCUCCCUCCCUUGGGUGUUUUCCUUGAGCGAGGAUGCGGUGCUGAUCUCCUCAUCAACAUCUGUUUGACCAUCCUCGGUUGGAUCCCUGGUAUCAUUCACGCUCUCUACAUUAUAUUCAAGUACUAG